AUGUCCCCCUCACCUACCCAUCUUCUUCAGACCCUCCCCCUAGAACACAUCCCCUCAACACACACGCUCCACAUCGCCCUCUACCGCAACAUCCAAAACGCAUCAUUCCUCCACCAGCAAUUACUAGGUGGAAAUACCGAUUUUGAAUAUGCGUUUAUUGAUGCUAGUGUUGUCCUAUCAAAACUACACAUCUUAGCCGCAGCCUAUAGAGCCAUUAACGAUGCAUUAGAAGGGCGAUUAAAGAGUCGAAAUAUACACUCGGAGAUUGUUUUUUCGUUGAGUAUGAAUAAUAAUAUCGCAGAAUCCUUCCGCCGCUUCGGUAUAACACCCUCUACAACCUCCCUCUUAGUAGUAAAAGUAGCACCCGCAUCAUCCGCUCCUCAAAUCUCAGAACAUCUUUCUUCAUCUAUCGAAGGAGAAGCCGUCCCAUUUGAAGAUGAGACAUUAAGCAAAAUGACCGAUAUUGCGCGAGUGAAGAAACUGUAUAAGUUGAACGCCUGUGGUGGUGGUGGUGGUGGGAAGAAAGGAGGCGCGAAUGGUGUGAGCGAGAAGAUACAAGAUGAAAGGAAAGAAUUAGAGAUUAUGGUUUUGGGAGCUAUGGCUUUGAGAGGUGCUACUAAUUAG